AUGCAAGUGCCAGCCUCAUCCUAUUUUAAUCUGAACUCUCGAAGUUUCACAUUUGAAGCAUGGGUUUAUUUUUACAGUAUGUCGACUGAUCAACCUAUAUUUAGUCAAUGUACAUGUACCACUUGUACAAGUCAGUGUUUAUAUUUUCUUGUUCGAAGUAGUAAAUUAUAUAUGGGCUUUAAUUUCAAUGAUUUAUCAGGGUCAACAACGUUGUCUACGAACACUUGGUACCAUGUGGCCUUUGUCUAUAACUAUCAAACGUUUCAACAAAUUAUUUACCUCGAGGGCGUUCAAGAUGCAAUCCGUUCUAGUGUGACAACGCCUUAUCUUGGAACGAAUGGAUCUAUGUAUUUUGGUUCUUUACCAAAUUUAAUAUCUACUUAUUACAACGGUUUCAUAGAUAAUGCACAAUUGACCACACGUGCUAAAAGUUCAACAGAAAUAUUAACUGACGCAACACUAGUAUUCUACUACUCAUUUGAUCAGCCGAAUCCCUACUAUGAUAAUGGUCAAAAUCGUUUAAAUGCAACAGUUACGUACCUUUUAUCAUCUACAAGUGGACAUGUGGGGCAAGCCAUUCGCUUCACAAGCACUUCAAGCUAUUUGCAAAUAUACUGUUUUACUGGAGUUGCUUGGCCUUCUAGUAAAUCGCUUACAUUUGCCAUGUGGCUCUACCCGUCAUCAAUAAAUGGCGGUACUUUAAUGUAUAGUACUCAAGGAUACCAGAUGCUUGGCUUAACUAAUAGUGGACAGGUCGCUGCUCAAAUUCUAGAUCACACUACUGUAAACACUUGGCAAUAUAUAUAUGGUGCUUUUGUAGUAGUGAAUACUUGGGUGCAUGUGGCCUGCACAUUUAGCGUAACAAAUGGUUUUAUUUUAUAUGUUAAUGGUGUAUCACAAGGCGCAAUAACGGGAACUAACUAUCAAGGAUCAGUUGAUGAAUUAUAUGCUCAUAGACGCGAACUGCGCUCCUCAGAAAUAUUAGCAUUAGCUAGUGUAUAA